AUGGAAGUCAGCCAAACUUCCAGCGCACCAAUGGGGCCCCCAAGUGCAAGUCCUAAUGGCGAUAAAGCUCGCGAGCAGCAACAGCAGCAGCAGCAGCAGCAGCAGCAACAACAACAACAACAUCAACAACAACGUGACCAAGAUGAUACGAAUGGAAGCAGCGCGCAACCAACGGGAGCUGCAGCUGCAGCACAGCAACCCAAGGUCGUUCAGACUGCGUUCAUCCACAAACUCUACAACAUGCUGGAAGAUCAAAGCAUCCAACAUCUUAUCUCAUGGUCGAGUACGAAUGAAAGCUUCGUCAUGUCUCCCUCGUCCGAAUUUUCUAAAGUCUUAGCGCAAUAUUUCAAGCACACCAACAUAUCAUCCUUCGUGAGGCAGCUGAACAUGUAUGGAUUUCACAAAGUGAGCGAUGUCUUUCAUACCGGCUCACCCGACUCUCCUCUAUGGGAAUUCAAACAUGGCCACGGCAACUUCAAGCGAGGUGACCUCGUGGGUCUUCGCGACAUUAAGCGCAGAGCAUCAAGACACGCGCUGAUCCAUCGCGACUCGUUUUCUACCGCACCCAAAGUCCCCACGCCCCAACCACCAGGCGCCCCAAUGGAGCCCAUGCCCGAUCCAGUUGAGGCCAGGCUGAACAUGUUAGACUGGCACUUGCAUGACGUGCAUGCCAGAUUGGCAAGGUCAGAGGAAGCCUUUUCUGCAAUCAACGUCAAGUAUCAGACUGUGCUCGAAGGUCUGGCAAAAUGUCAUCAGUGGAGCAACGAGCUGUCCUCGCACUUGUUGACCGUAGUACCGGAUCCCGACAACCCAGUCCAUCGAGAUGUAUAUGCCAUGCGCAACGACAUUCGACAGCACAUUGACGGACUUCGGACCCUGGAAGAGCCGCAUCAGCAACAAGAGCCUCUCUUCGGGCAUCGCCAAUCCUACUUUCAAUCUAACAACCAGCAUGCGCCCAUGGAGCCUGCUGUACCCAUGUCUCCGCGACAGAGACCGUUCGACGAGUCGCGUAGACCUUCACUUCAAGGACCGACUCGACCUCUUGGAGUGCGUGCACCAGUGCCGCAGUAUUUACAGGCGUCGCCUCGCCGAUAUGGCUCAAUCGGUACUGGCGGAAACGGCGCAUACUCCCCCACAUCGCACAGGCCUCCCUACAGCAACGCGCUACCCGCUCCACCACCGGCACAGCCACCUCAACAGCAGCAGCACCCACUGGCCACAAUGACAUCGCCCCCUUCUAAUUUGCCACGCCGACAUACAUCAGCAGACAUUCGCGUUCCUGGCUGGGAAGCUGGUCAACCUCCUCCACCAGGACAAUAUGGACAAGGCACUUCACCUCACCAGUCUGGUCAGUCGUCUGGUGCAUGGCCAUCAUCUCCCCGCACAGCUGCAAAUCCUGGCGAUCAACAGAUCCGGGAUACUCUCGCACAAUACGAGCUACCACGUGUGCUCCAUCCAGGAUCUCGUCCGCAUUCACCCGGCCCCCCCGAAUCUGGCCCGCCGAGCUUUCACAAUAGCUUCGCACCUCCCAGCUAUGCCAAUCCAAGCGACGCUGGAUGGCAACUUCCAGGAGCUCGAUUUCCGUUCAAAGGUCUGACAGAUGGCAGCAGGAGAAGCAGCAUGGCCUCGAAUGUGCAUUCGCUGCUCAAUCCCGCGGACACUGCCGAGCGAGAGGGCGAAGACGAAGGGGCGCCUGACGAUAUCAGAAAACGGAAAAGAGUGAUAUGA